AUGUCGGUUUAUGCCCAGGGCCGAAUGCGAUGGAUGAAUCCCGGAUUUUACCCUGUCCAGGAGCAGCUGGUCGACGGAGCUCCAAUCGGCGACCAAGACGUGCUGCUGGUCGAUAUGGGCGGCAGCAUCGGCCAUGACCUGUCGGAGUUUCGCCGCAGGUGGCCCAACGUACCCGGUCGACUCGUUCUGCAGGACCUACCCGAGGUCGUGUGUUCGGCCAAGGACCUGGAUCCGUCCAUCGAAGUAACGGCGUAUGACUUCUUCACUGAGCUGCCCAUCAAAGGUAUUGAAAUGACAAGUCCUGGUUGA